GCGUUCCGUAAGUACGGUGUCAAUCAUAAAGACAAUCGAACAUGGAUCGAUACUGAUUAGAUCAUUAACGUCCAUGUAACACUAGGAUAUACAGCGCCAUUUGAGAGGGUACAUCAUCUUCAGCAGAGAGGGAGGUGCACGUGACGUCCAUAGUCGUUUUUAAGAUAAUCAGCACAAAUAUAGAAGAAAGCGACACAAUGACAGAGUUGUCCUAGCAUCAGGCGACGACUCAAGGACAACUCACUUAAGUCUUUCCAUCGUCAGAAAAGUCACAAGAUGAGCCUUGGCGUGGAGUAUGGACGAACGGCCGAUAGGCGGCGCUCUUCCGUUUGGAACCCCAUUACCAUCGACGCGGAAGACCUUAAGGCGACUGAAAUUGACAAGGAAGCUAUUCGCAAAAGUGUAUUUGGUCCAAAACUUUCUGAAACCAACUUUGGACCCAUUGAUACUUCUGUUAGUCGACCUACCACUGCGUCUGCGCGGCGAUCCGUACUCUGGUCACGUGAGCGGAGGUCAUAUGAAUCUCUGAGUAAACAAAAUCUACAAGAGUUCCAUGAACGACCUUACAUGAAUUACCGAUAUCCUGAAUUGUCUAAACACUACCCAGGAACAUGGCGGACGGCGAAUUCUCAACAGUUACAUAAAAUUGUCGACAGACUGACCAGACCUACGUCACUCAGUACUAUGCGCGCGCAGUCUGCACCAAAGAUCACGCGCACAAUGUAUUCAAGUCGGUGUUCAAAUCGAAGCGCGAUGACACAGUCGACAAUUGAUUCUUGCCAUUCUUAUGGGAGCAAUGGAAUAUGAACUAUAUUGUGCAUAACAUUUUACCGCGAAAGAACAAAUCGUUUUUGUGUGUUAAACACGCAAGUUCAUUGUCUGCUGUCUGUAAAUAAACCUACAGAUUUCCGGACGAAUGUUGUUAAAACUGUGUCGGAUGAUUGACAUGCGACCUUACUACAAAAUGGUACCGACGGACAUUAAUUAGGUCAAGGUGUUCCAUUAGUUAACCAAAAUAUGGAUUACAUUUGUUUAUAUUUGCUUCCUUGUGAAGACGACAGCUUCUGAUAAUGUGUUAUUUAAAUAUUUCCUGUUAAACAGGAAACAAAAUAGAAUUAAAUACGUAUGUAGGUGUGUCAUUCGAAAGGUCCAUCUCUGACGUGGGUGCUCUAUAAGCACCUUGUUUCCACCCUAUCACCCCCAGGAUUGAUAUAAUAUCGAACCACUGUGUGAUGUAGUCAUGGAAUGUUUGUCAUUGGUGGUCAAUCAUUUGCCUCCUUUCCAUCGGACUUUAUUGAUGGCGCACAUAACUGAUGUCAUUGAAUAAUUGCUUGAAUGUGAUUGGAAACACUACAUAAAGUAAUGACAUUAUCAUAUUGCGAGUUGUGUUUUCAGAGUAAUGACACGUGUGGGCUGUCUUUUUUGUAGGUCAGGGAAAGUAAUUAUCGUUCCCAUUUCAAAAAAGAAAAUGUUCUUCUGAGGUAUAGGAGAAUGAUAUAAUAUUUGUGAACAGUAUGUAGAUUAACCCAAUGGUAAUAUUUUUACGUUUAGCACGAUGUUUUGCCGAGUGCCAAGCGUACAAAAUCUGAUCCCGCAGAUUGAUAUAUUUGUCUACAUCACUCAGGGUAACUGAAUAGUUCCACAAGAUAUCAUAGUAAACCCUCAGGGAGGAAAGAUUCUUAAGCUGCUAAACACUAGGCAAAAGCCUUGUGUUUGUCAACUUGAUAAUCUUCCCCCUUAGGUUGAGAUCCCUCUUUCUCCCAUAAUUCACAGGUGAAUCUCCGUUUUUGGUAUGGAAAAGACAGCUCACACACGCUAUGACGCUACUCACAAUAGCGUAACGUCAUCAUUUUAUGUUGCGUAACCGCAUCGCAAAUUGAUAACGUCAUCAAUUUUGACGUAUAUUUCAAGGUCAUUGAUGAAAGUGCGAUGAAAAAGUUUCUCAACACGUUACAAUUGCUUACUUUUUAAAGUGUGUGAGAAAAAUAAUCAAACAUGUAGAAGCCUCGUGCUGACUAGCCAAACUCUUACACUCGGGUUGAGAUAUCCCUGUCCACGGAACAGGCCCAUGUACGAUUCUAUUAGUCUCAACCCAAAAGGCGUGAAAUGUUCUAUUAAUCUUUCCCCUACCACAUAAACUGUGUUGUACCGUGAAGUGUGGGGGGAAAUGUGUCUGAUCUAUUAUCGUAUGUCAUCAUUGGAGGAAUCCUCGUCAUGUGCUGAUUGUUUGUGUAUUGACAUUAAAAUGAACAUGACCUUUG